AUGUCAUGUAUGUACUUUUCGGGUGAAGAUAGUAACAAUAUUACGUAUGAUGACCCCGCCAAUAAAUACAUUAGGAUUAACCCAUCAUUAUAUGCUAGGGUUCAAGAUGACAAUAAACAAAACAUAAGAGUCUUUUUAGACACUCACCUCUUGAAAAUCAGAAAUGUCCCACAUAAUCAAAAACUACCUAUGUUGGAACAUAUAGUAUCCAAACAUAAUGCUUCAGUUUCCACUGGAUAUACGACUGUGAUGCUGGCUCUAAAUUAUGUUACGAAUGCGAUGAUGACGGCAGAAUUUAGAGAGAUCAGCAGUGAUGAAUUCAAAAAUACAUAUUUGGCUCCUCUUGAUAAGGUUAUUAAAAAAACAAAUUUCGGUCGUCGAAUUUUGGCAGAAGACUAUGGUUAUCCUUUAGGAGAUGUCAGGCAUGUGGAAGAUGAUAUCCAGCUGUACUUUUCUCAUCAAAUAGAAGAUACCACUGCUAGACUUUAUCUUGGAUGA